ACGAUAAACUAAGGUCUACUUCCGGAGUCAAUUCGGCGGAACGCUGCGUGCAAUCAGACUACUCCUGAGACUCAUAUCUUUGUUAUCCCCUAUUGCUUGUUAUUGAAGCUUCCUCAACCACCUCAACGACCCCAACCGCCAAAAUGGCUUCCGAAAAGAAGGACAAGCUCGAGCCGCAAAUCAAGUCCGUCGAUAUGACGGAGGAUAUGCAGCAAGAGGCUGUUGAAGUUGCGAUCGAGGCCAUGGAGAAGUAUCACAUUGAGAAGGACAUCGCCCAGUACAUCAAGCGAGAGUUUGACUCGCGCAAAGGGGCAACAUGGCAUUGUGUUGUAGGAAGGAAUUUCGGAAGCUUUGUUACACACGAGACGAAACACUUCAUCUACUUCUACCUCGGACACUGCGCCAUUCUCCUCUUCAAGACCCAAUAGACACCCUGUGACGUACACGUUGGAAAUAGAAAAGGGGGCUGAGUCCCUGGGCGAUUGGGGGCCUUGACUGCCAGUCGAGAUAUACCGCCACGGCAAUAGAUGCC